UAUGUUUUGAUUAAAAACUUUUGAUAUUAAUAUAUGAUUGCAUUGAAAAACAAUUAAAGUAAUGAUUAUAACUAAAUAUAUUUGUCGGGCAGUUGUCCGACAAUUAUUGUCAACUUAUGGACACAACUUAGUGAUUGUUCGGUUGAUGGCAAAUGCCAUACCGAGAGGUCAAAACCCGAAACAAGUGGACGCAAUGCCUGUCUUUCAAUACACACAAUCGGACAAACCAUCGGCUAAACGACGCCGUUAUGUAUACUGUUGGGGGUAUUCAGGAGGCGGUGCUUUGGGUCGAUUGUCACUCAUUAAACGGACCAAAUUCAAGAAUAGGCCACAGUUGCCACCGAUUGAAACCGUAACCGCUCCAUUAAAGUCAAAUUUUAUUGAUAUACAAACCACAGUUACAGACGUGGCCGCUGGCUUUGGUUUUACGGUGAUCGCAGCUGUAGUUCGCGAUUCGUCACAUCGUCUCUUUGGUUGCGGUAUUAACAGUGACUCUCAAUUGGGAUAUCAAUCGCCGCCCACACCUAAAGGUGAACCAUUGAUGUGUCUCUUUAAGCCGACUCCCAUUCGACUGCCAAUCAAUGAGAAAGACAAAGUGGUUCGGGUCUCGUGUGGCCGAUCACACACUGCCUGUCUUACAGACAAAGGAGAAGUCUAUAGUUUAGGAAACAAUGCCUUUGGACAAUGCGGUCGACCUAUUGUUGACAAUGAGAAGUAUUUUGCUUCACAUCUUAUUCAUCAAAUCAAAGAAAUUGAUGAUAAAGUUUGCGAUAUAGUCUGUGGUCAGGAUCACACUUUGUUCUUAACCGAAAGCGGAACCGUUUACUCCUGUGGAUGGGGUGCCGAUGGACAGACAGGUUUAGGACAUUAUAAUAAUCAGGGAAUACCUAUGAAAGUUAAGGGCGAUAUUGAGGGCCAAAAGAUUAUCCAAUUGUCGAGCGCUGCCGAUUCGGUUCUUGCAAUAAAUGAUAAGGGAGACGUUUUUGGUUGGGGUAACUCUGAGUACUCACAAUUUUCAUCCAUUACCAGUGAUUAUCAAUUAAAUAUUCCUCGACAUCUUAAACUGGAUAAUGUUAAAGGAAAAGUAGUCAAUGUUUGCGCCGGUGGAUCUAUUUGUGCACUUGUCAAUGAUUUAGGUAAUGUCUAUGUAUGGGGAUAUGGUAUUCUAGGAAUGGGACCUAAAGUUGAUCAGUUGACUAAACCAACAAUGUUGCCGAUGACACUGUUUGGUGUCUCACAGUUUAACAGUGAUGUUAAAGUUAUCAAACUGGAGGCUUCUUUUAAUCAUUUGGCAGCCAUUACUGAUAAAGGAGACCUAUAUAUGUGGGGGAAGAACACUCAGGGAUGUUUAGGUUUGGGUCAUAUGGCUGACCAAUAUUUUCCGUUUAGGGUAUGCGUUCCCGCAUCGGUACGUAAAGUCAGUCUAGGAAUAGAUCAUACAGUAGUGAUCGGCACUUCUAUUUAAUUGAUGUCAAACAUAGCUUUUAUUUGUAUAAUAUAUUCAAAUUUGUUUUAAAUUAAAUUAAAUUA